AGUAUGUCUCGUCUGGAGAAGGCCAUUGUAUCCAUGGUGGAGGUGUUUGAGGAAUAUGCUACAAAGGAUGAUAAGAAUCGCCAGCUUAGCGGGACAGAGCUCGCAGAGCUGAUGAAGAAAGAGCUGGCCAGCUCAGAGUUCCACGGAAAGGUGGAACCAGCAGUGCUCCAGGAGGCGAUGACCAACCUGGAUAAGAACCAUGAUGGGGAGAUCAACUUCAGAGAGUUCUCCAUGUUCUUGGCUACUCUGGCCAGGGGCUACUACAGAGCCAGAAACAAGGGCAACAAGGGCAAGCCUGACAAGCCUGAAUGAGGGGCCAAAAAGAACCUGUUGACAGGUGUGGCCAGUAUCGAGACACACACAUACUGCUUUUCUAUGAUGAAAGAGAGAAAAUGAUGCUCUUACUGUAACUUGUAUGGUGCUUUAAAGAUGUU